CUUGAGGAAAAUGUGUUGAUAUUUACUGUAUGUGGUGUAAACUUCACCAUCACGUCUGAAUUCAUCAACUCACGAAGACAGGGUAAACAAAAACGCAGAUGAAUAAAUUGCUCAAGACGUUGUUUGACGCUCUUGUUGAAGUGUGACUUUUAUUUUGUCAGCGGAUGAUGUUGUGAUCACACCCGACAGACUGCCGUAUGAUCGAUACUGCUCCGAUAUCGGUCAAUAUUCUGACACAAGGUAUGGCUGUGUGAGUGAUGGAGAAGGUUUGGGACAGUCUGGACUGUCAGACAGCUGCAGCAUAACCCCAGAAUCAUCAGACCGCUCCUCAUGGCCUCAUUAGAGGACACAGCUGAGGUGAAGGAGGGCUUCCUGUGCCCGCUCUGUUUGAAAGAUCUCCAGUCAUUCUACCAGCUGCAGGACCACUAUGAGGAGGAGCAUUCCGGAGACAACAGACAUGUUACUGGACAGCUCAAAAGUCUUGUUCAGAAGGCGAAGAGAGCCAAAGACAAGCUGUUGAAGUGGGAUGGAGAUGAGCGGACUGAGAGCAGCUACGAGUCCUUUUAUUAUGGAGGAGUUGACCCGUACAUGUGGGAGCCACAGGAGCUUGUGUAUUGUGUUCAAUCAGGAGCCACCCGCAGUCACUUAGACUCUUUUAAGAAGCACAGAGCUGCCCGAAUCGACCAUUAUGUCAUUGAACUCAACAAAUGCAUCAUACGACUGGAAAAGCUGACCUGCUUUGACAGAACCAGCAUGGAUGCGGCGCAGAUAAGAUCACUUGAGAAAUCUGUGGUGUCAUGGGUCAGUGAUCACGAUGUGCCAUUUUGUCCUGAUUGUGGAGGGAAAUUCAACAUCCGUAACCGCCGCCAUCAUUGCCGUCUCUGUGGGUCCAUCAUGUGUAGGAAGUGCACAGAGUUUGUGCCGCUGCCUCUGGCAUAUAAAUUAACCAGUGGAACGAAGGAGGCUCUGUGUGCUCCGGCCAGUCCGGGUCAGAGCGGUUCUCCUGGAGCACAGGUGACACAACAGAUCCCUCGCCGCGGCUCCAUCAGCAGCAUCUCCUCCGUCACCUCUGUGUUAGAAGAGAAAGAUGAAGACCAUGUGCGCUGCUGUCGGCACUGUAUGGACUCAUUGCUCCGCCAUCAGUGCAAACUGGAGGAGAGAGACCACGUGCCUGACAUAGUCAAACUCUACGAGAGGUUAAGGACAUGUAUGGAGAAGGUUGAAGCUAAAGCUCCAGAGUAUAUGCACAUGGCCGAGUCACUCAAUGCUGGAGAGACGGCCUAUAACAUGGAGAACGCUGCUGGACUCAGGAUGGAGAUACAAAAAUACUAUGAGCUCAUUGAUGUUCUGAGUAAGAAGAUUCUCACGCUUGGGUUAAGAGAAGAAGUCCAGCCGCACCCAAAAGCUCUCCAGCUGCAAAGGAUGGUGCGCUAUGCAGCUACGCUUUUUAUUCAGGAGAAACUGUUGGGUCUAACAUCCCUCCCCACCAAGGAGAAAUACGAGGAGCUGAAGGCGAAGAGGAGGGAGGAGCAGGAGAAAAGGGUUCAACAGGAGCGGCAGGCAGCCCUGGAGGCACAAACGCGUCGAUCUGAAAAUGAGAAGAACCGACCAGCCCUCAGUACAAACGGGGAUGUUCCUCGUCCUCGCAUGACCAAAGCUGGCAGCUGGCUGCCACAAUCCAACACUCUACACACCCACUCUGAACUAGAUGACCCUCUGCUGCAACAGAUCGAAAACAUCAAGUCAUUCUUACGGCAGGCACGUGCUGCAAACCGCACCGAUGAGGUAGCCAUGCUAGAGGAGAACCUACGGCAACUUCAGGACGAGUUUGACACCCAGCAGACCAGCCGAGCUAUCAAGCUUUCACAGAAGCUGGCCGAGGAGACGGACCUUCAGCAGAGACAGAUCGAACAUCUGCAUCAAAGAGAGCAUGAGAACAAAACCCACAUGAGAACUUCCUCCUCGGAUUUCAGAGACAGAGGAAAUGUUCAGAAACAACAAGAGGAGGAAGGACAUUUGAUUGCAAGCCCAUCUAUUAAGUCUUUCCCAAGUCUGCUAGAAAACUCCCCACCAUUGGAGAGGCAAAGAGAUGAACAUUCACCGACCCCACCGUCCAAAAACCCGUUUGACAAGGAAGAUUCCUCUCCAGCUGAGCAAGAGCCAAGCAGAUCUUUGAACAAAGAGUUGCAGAGGGACCAUAAUCAGGCAGCCAAUGGAAAGAAAGAGUACAACCCUUUUGAAGAUGAUGAUGAAAUUGAGGAUCAAGGCACCGAUAAGACAUCUGGAAAUCCUUUUGAAGAUGAGGAUCAUGAAGAAGAUAGAGGUAACCCUUUUAAAGAGCAUUCAGAUGAGACUCCGACUGCCACAAGCAAUCCGUUUGAUGAAGACGAUGAGGUCUCUGCUAUGGAGUAUAUGAUUGAGGAAGAAUUACUGCUACAACAGAUAGAUAAUAUUCGGGCUUAUAUCUUUGACGCCAAGCUCAGUGAACGCUCUGAUGAAGUGGAGCUUUUGUCUGAGAACCUGCGGGAGCUGCAACGCACGCUACAAGAGCAGAAACGAAAGAAAUAGUGACAGCCAUGAACCCUUUUUAUAUCUGAUAUGGCUUUUUUCAGUUAUAAACAUAGGACAAAAGCAAAAGUGGCCCAAGUGCACUAGACAAGGAUGUUGUAAAGCAAAUUUAAGAUCUGUGAGCAAGAACGUUUCGGUAGGGAAGCAGAAACACAUGGAAUCACAAAAGCAUAUAACUUCAAAUUUCAAUUGCCUCAGAUAAUUAGGUUUGAAAUGUAAUCAGUUUUAUGAGUUAUAAACAUAUAUUACUAUUGCACUAGGCAAGAAUGUUGUAAAGCAAAUUUAAGGUUCCUGUACAAAAGUCAGUAACAGUGUUAGCAUUGCUAAUUAAUCAAAUUGUUAAAAUUAUGCAAUCAAACCUAGUGUUAUUUACAUUUAACAGGUAGUUUCAGGUUGUAAAUGGGUAGUUUUUUUAUGCAAAGUGGUUGUUGGAUGGUAAAGGCUUUACCAUUGAUAUUUCAAAGUCAGUAUGCACAUACUGCAGCUUCUGUGAGAUUUUGUUAGUGAAACACUAGAGCAAAGUUGUAUUUUGAAUUAGCUGAUUUUGUGAGUCCAGCAUGAAUAGACACCUGUUGCUUUCAGUUGAUCUCAUGAGACUGAGCUAAUGGAUGACCAGCACUUCACUAAAUAGAAACCCUGAUGUGCAGCGGUUCUUUGAAACACGACUGGCUGAAUCUGCAAUGCCGAUUGCAAUGUUUAUUGAUAUGAUUUCAAAUUGCCAUCUAAUUUGCGUGUACAUAUCACGCAAUUAUACAAGUAUUGUUCCACUAGUGGCAGCUUAUAAUAACUCAAUGAUAUAAAGUAUUUGUAAAGCAUUAGUUUACUGUUCACUCAUUAUUUAUACAUCUUUGUGCCUACAUUCUUAAUACACUGAGUUUAUAUAAAUAGUAUGUAAUUCAUUUGUUUACUGUGUCAAAUGACUCAUUAAAAGCUUGUUAACCACACAUAACUAAUGUGUUUCAGAUGAUGUAAACAAGUGGUGAGAAAUGCUUAUGAGAACAUUGACAUAAAUCUGUUUAUACAUUUAUGAAUUUGACACAUGUGAAUGCUUAUUGUGUUGACUCUUUAAGACAUCUGUAAAGCUGCUUUGAAACGUGUUGUAAAAAAAUGACGACUUCUGUACCACUUGUGUGCAUCGGCUAACAAAAGAAAUCAGUUAUUAACUGUUGUUUGCUAUAAAUUAUAGUGAAUAUUAUAUGAAUAUUUAUAAUUUAACUAAAACGAAUGCUUUACAAAUACUUUAUACCAAGUAGUUAUUAUAAAGUGUUAUCAGAGAGUCAUGAGUUUAGAAGGAAAUAAGGGCGAGUAAAUGACAGGUGAACAAUCUGUUUUCAUAAUUGCCUGGUCCUUUUAAAAUUGGUUUGAGUCUUCUUCUCGAUAACAAUGUCACAUGCAUGUUUUACUAACACUUAGAUAAUUGUUCAUUGUAAACACUGAACAGCUGUGUAACAUUAAGUCAGCGCUGCGCUUGUAUUACCUACAUGAGCGAUUCAAGACUUUCUCUGCAGAGUAUAUGCUGUUUAUGAAUGAUUAACAUGAAAUACUGUCUGUAAGUCCUUAACAACACGUUGUGGCUGCACAUCGUGCUUUUUGUCAUUAUAAUUACUCAUGUUGUAGUUAAAAGACUAAUGUAUUUCUGAAUAACAUUAGCAAUCUGUCCAUAAACUGUUGGAUAAAGUUUUGUUUACACUAACCAAUAUCGUAAAUGUAACACUAAAACCGAUGUUUAAUAAUGUGGCCAGAUUUAUCAUCAUUUGAAUAAAUCACACAAACAAGUG